CAUCUAUGGAAACUGCUGCGAGCGUGAGAGAGAGGAAUUAGCUCGUUGAUUACAUUUAUUUGGGCACUGUUGGUUUGUGUUCAAAUUAUGUCGCCUGUGGCCCUAUGGCUGUGGGCUUAUUGGUGGGGUGUUUUGAGUAAAAUAAAGCUUAAAGAUUACUGCCCUCAUUAAUCCCUCCACCCAUCUCUCAUUUUUCACACCACACCACCCAACAGUUUCAUUCCCCACCCCCUCUCUCUCUCUCUGUCUAUUCAGAAUUCUCCUUUUUUUCUUUUCUUGAUUAUAUAUUGUGUCUGAGUUGAGGUUUGUGUUCACAUCUUAGCCAUUUCUGCUUUGUCUAAGGAGGGGAGAGGUAUCGCGAUAGAUCUACGGCCUUAUCUGCUUAUCUCUGACUGGUUCUCUGAGAACGGAAGUUCUAGAUAAUCAGUCGUCCAUUCGUUUCUUCUGUUUUUGAUUAGUUGGGUAAACUCAUUGGGAGCCCUAAUGCAAGGGCAAAGGAAUUCUGUUAGUACAUUGCCCGAAAAUAUAAGUUUUGAUCAUGGUUCUACGUCAACUGAUGCCGGCAUAGAUUCCCAAGUGCCCUGGAAUAAUAUGCAGACUUCUGCAGAAGCUCGGCUACCAGAGUACAAAAGUCCGUCAAGUGAGACCAACACUCAGUAUUCGCAUCAUAUAGGGCACAGUCAGUGGAGUUCAGGUGAAACUAGUUCUGGUGCUGCACAAUGUCAAUCUGAUCGUAGCGAGCGAAAAAGAGAGCACAGACGGAGUGUCCCCUCUCGAGCUGCUCUCGACUUGGAUGAAUGUCAGGUUGAAUCAUCUAAUAUUACCCCAGUGGAUAAUGUUGUUGUCAAUGGGCAAGACAAUCAGACAUCAAACAUCUCCCUUUUGCAGAUUGCUGCACCUGAUUCUAUCACUCAGGAUCUUAACAUGUGUUCGGAGUUUGGAGGCCAAGAAGGUGGCGACUUUCAGGAAAUUGAGCAUCCCAAUAGACACAUAUCUGUUGGAUCAUCGAAUGAGAAAAUGCCAUCUACUGGUAGCUCCUCUGAUGCUCUUGGUAUGUCUUCCGGGUGUCGUUCUUUGGAUGGUCGACGUCUAUCUUGCAAGAGAAAAGCCCUUGAUGUACAAGUUGGACAGUCUUCUGGAGCAGGAAGUUCAAAUUGUUUCGAACAUGCCGAAAGAAGUCAACGGCAUGCUGUAGCAUCUGCCCCUCCUCAGAUUUCUGCUGCUAGUACUAUAGGUAUGUCAACUCCACCGACAGAUAACCCUGUCUUUAGCAAUGUGUCAGAGCACCGAAACUCAAGAAUUCGGCUUGAAGUUGGAGAAGCUGUUUCCUCAAAUCCUUUGCCUUCAAAUGCUAGAGAAACUGCUGGAAGUUCUCGCAGAAACUUACGUUUGCGCUUCAGUAACACUCAUCAAUUGGGUUACGCACCUGGUGCCCCAUUACCAAGAGAAGCAAAUGUACCUUCCUCUUCUAGGCAUUCAUCAAGGGUAUUUCUUCGUAAUCGUCUGCUUGACUUGAACCCAAACCCUCCUGUGGAGAAUGAAAGUCUUCAUGGUCAAUCAAUUCUUCAGCGUAUUCCUUCUGUCCGUCAAAAUCCUCAUUCUAGAUGGAGUGGAGCCUCUAGCUCAAGAACGAACAAUUCAUCUUCUGCUGGUAUAUCUCUAGAAAGGGAGAGGGAUCCUAUGCUUUACGAAGAAUCUAUUUCAAAUAUCCCCAGAAACAUUUCAGAGCAUCCUAUGUUUAUUCCUCCAAGUGAGAUGGAGGGUCGGUCUCAACAACCUCCAAACUGGAACUUAUCCAGUGGGGUUAACUACGCUCCUGAGAAUGCCGCACCUGCUUCUCGGGCAGGCUCCACUUCAGGGAUUAAUUUGUCUUUACCUUCACCUACUUGGUCUCAUAGGAGCUAUCCACAACAUCCUCGUAGAUUAUCUGAAAUUGUUCGAAGAUCUCUAUUAUCUGCAGCAGGUACCGAACCUGGAGGUCAAAGUAGCACAGCACCCGGUACAUCACAAGAAACAGGACUUCCAUCUGGAUCAAACACAAGGUCAGCAUUGUUGGAGAGACACCUGGAUAGUCCUUUUGCUUUACCUCAUUCGCUUCGGAGCAUGGCUGAUGAUAUUGAAGGAAGAGGCAGUGCGAUGUCCGAGCAGAUUCGCCACGUCUUGGAUCUCAUGCGAAGGGGAGAGGGCUUGAGACUCGAGGAUAUGAUGCUUCUUGAUCACUCGGUCUUCUUUGGGAUGGGUGAUAUACACGAUCGUCACCGGGACAUGAGACUGGAUGUAGACAAUAUGUCUUAUGAGGAGCUUCUGGCCUUGGAGGAGCGCAUCGGAAACGUAUCCACUGGAUUGAAUGAAGAAACAAUAAUGGCUCGUUUGAAGCAACGUAAAUAUGCUGAAAGACAAGCAGAGCAGGCUGAGACGGAGCCGUGCAGUAUCUGUCGAGAGGAGUACAAUGACGGGGAAGAUCUUGGCACGUUGGAAUGCGGGCAUGAUUUUCACAGGGACUGCGUGAAACAAUGGCUCAUGCAGAAGAACUUAUGCCCCAUAUGCAAGACGGAGGGACUGUCUACAUGAAACGAAGGCAAGCGUGCCAUCUCGUCUAGCUGAUCUUCAACACGGUUUUUUCUUUAUCUUUGAGCCAUUUGAAGGUAAAAAAAAAAGGACCUUGUGGAUUUUGCUUCUGGUAUGCCUCUUCACUCGACUCCAUCCAUAUAAAUUCAAGGAAGCAAAAAAAGAAAGGAAAGAAAUUUAUCAUGCCCUCUUUAUGCGGAGGAUCAUAUUACAUUUAUUUUAUUUUUGAAUGAAAGUCGAGCCUUAGUCGAAUUAACAUUAGAUUAUGGAAGUUAAAUGUUUUUGUUUGAUCA